CGCGUGCGCGGUGGGCGCGGCCGGCUGGAGGUGGUGCCUGCCGGGUGAGGGGCGGCACGGCCCGGGUCAACCGCUCUAUGGUGCGCAGGUGCUGCGGCUGCCGGCUGACGGUUCCUCGGGAUGGAGCACAUCCGUACGACCAAGGUUGAGCAAGUGAAAUUACUUGACCGAUUCAGUACGAGCAACAAGUCGUUAACAGGAACACUGUAUCUCACGGCCACACAUCUGCUGUUUAUAGACUCUCAUCAGAAAGAAACCUGGAUACUGCACCACCAUAUUGCCUUGGUGGAGAAACUAGCUCUCACGACUUCUGGGUGCCCUCUUGUGAUCCAGUGCAAGAACUUUCGGAUUGUGCAUUUCAUCGUUCCCAGAGAAAGAGACUGCCACGAUAUUUACAACUCUUUGCUACAGCUGUCAAAACAAGCAAAAUAUGAAGAUCUCUAUGCAUUCUCUUAUAAUCCCAAACAAAAUGAUUCAGAAAGGCUACGAGGUUGGCAACUCGUUGACCUCACUGAGGAGUAUAAGAGGAUGGGCUUGCCGAAUUCCAACUGGCAGCUGUCCGACGCCAACCGAGACUACAAGAUUUGUGAAACUUAUCCCAGAGAACUUUAUGUUCCCCGAAUAGCAAGCAAACCAAUAAUUGUUGGUAGUUCCAAGUUCCGGAGCAAGGGAAGGUUCCCAGUUCUUUCCUACUAUCAUCAAAAUAAGGAGGCUGCCAUUUGUCGAUGUAGUCAACCACUGUCAGGAUUCAGUGCCCGGUGCCUGGAGGAUGAACACUUGCUUCAGGCCAUCAGCAAAGCCAACCCAGCCAACCGCUACAUGUAUGUCAUGGACACCAGGCCCAGACAUCGCAUGCAGAGCUGGUGGGCUACACAAAAGGACAUUGGCAGAAUUAUACUGAAUGCAAUGGCCAACAGAGCAGCUGGAAAAGGUUAUGAAAAUGAAGACAACUAUUCUAAUAUUAGAUUUCAGUUUGUUGGAAUUGAAAAUAUUCAUGUCAUGCGGUCCAGCCUUCAGAAAUUAUUGGAAGUCAGCGGUAGCAGAGGGCUCUCCGUCAGUGACUUCUACUCGGGUCUGGAGGGCGCAGGGUGGCUGCGUCACAUCAAAGCCGUUACGGACGCUGCAAUCUUCUUGGCCAAGGCAAUAAUGGUUGAAAAUGCAAGUGUGUUGGUACAUUGCUCUGAUGGCUGGGACAGGACUUCCCAGGUCUGUUCCCUGGGCUCUCUCUUAUUGGAUCCCUACUACAGGACAAUCAGAGGAUUCAUGGUUUUAAUAGAAAAAGAUUGGAUCUCCUUUGGACAUAAAUAUUCGGAUAGGUGUGGCCAUUUGGAUGGUGACCCAAAGGAAGUUUCACCGGUGUUUACUCAGUUCUUGGAAUGUGUGUGGCAUUUGACUGAACAGUUUCCACAAGCCUUCGAAUUCAAUGAAGCGUUUCUUCUUCAGAUCCAUGAACAUAUUCAUUCAUGCCAAUUUGGAAACUUUAUUGGAAAUUGUCAGAAGGAAAGAGAAGAACUCAAGUUAAAGGAGAAGACUUACUCCCUGUGGCCGUUUCUUUUGCAUGACCAGAAGAAGUACUUCAAUCCUCUCUACAGUUCCACAUCUCAGAAAUUGGCAGUUUUGGAGCCAAAUACAGUAUCUUUCAAUUUUAAGUUUUGGAGAAACAUGUACCACCAAUUUGAUCGAACAUUGCAUCCUAGGCAGUCUGUGUUCAAUAUAAUUAUGAAUAUGAAUGAGCAAAAUAAGCAGUUACAGAAAGAUGUUAAAGACUUAGAAUCUCAAAUUAAGCAACAUAAAAAUAAGCAGACAGAUGGAGUUCUCACCAAGGAAUUGUUAAAUUCAGUUCGUCCUGAAUCACCUGCCCUCAAAACCUCCUUGUGUCUCAAGGAGCAGACUCUGCUGCCUGUGAAAGAUGCUCUCCGAACUGUAGAGGGCAGCAGCCCCGCAGAUAACCGCUACAGCGAGUACGCGGACGAGUUUUCCAAAGCGGAGCCUGCUGUGGUCAGCUCAGAGUAUGGCGUGGCCAGAAUGACGUGUUAGGCUCAGAGAGAGUUUUCUGGCUGCCUGCGGUGCGAGAAGUGGAUUAUUGUGAGGAUGGUCUGUGUGUGUGACCCAAGGAAUUUGCCUAAUGAUGAUCUUAGAGUUUACCAGUAGGUUGAUAGUUGAAGUCAGGAUGCUAACUGCUCUUGUGAGAAAAGGCAGUUUAGCUGCAUUUCUAGCAAGAAACGAAUGACCUUCAGCUCUUUAAGAAGCAGGUGGUACUGGCCAGUUUACUCCAGAUGCAGUUUGUACUGUACACUAGUGAACUGACAUGUCUGUGAUUUACAUGUUAAUUACAGCCAAACAGGAAUAGCCUUCCAUAAGUAUAAUUUGGUUGCCAGAAAACAAAACUGACAAAGUGGUUCCUUACUUAAUAAUUGACAUGGCAUGUACUUUGAAUUAUGUAAGUAUGUAACUAUGAAUAUUUGCAAAUUUUGCCUAUUAGUGGUGUUUAUUGUUGAAGUGCCAUGAAAAAUAUUUCUAAGAAAGCCUUAAAAUCUCAGUUUAUUCAUUACAUUACUCUUCAGUUUUAGAGCCUAGAGCAAGAUGGUUUGUUCUGUGUUUCCCUUGGUCAGUCCGGUUGUACUUGUGAGCAGCUGCUCUGGUCCCCGCAGGAGCUGCAUGCUGCAGUGCCCCUGUGGAAACAAAAUGGUGAUCAAAGGACACUGCCAAGCUCAUGUUUAGCUGGUCCCACUUCCGUGGUCAAAAUUAACGAAACUGACGGUUUUGUUCUGGUUACAAUUUGUUUAGUGCUACAUUUGACGACUUAUUAUUUACAACUUACAUUGUUGAUUUCCUGUAUAUGUGUAAACACAUUUGACUGUCUUUUAGGAAUGGAUUACUGCAUCCUGUUGAUUCUUAUUUUGUGGUUGGCUUUAUUCCUUUGAUAACUGUGUAAGUUUACGAAGCUAAAGCUCUAAACUGUUCUUAGAAACUAUGAAUAGUACAUAUAUGUAUAUUUUUAAACUGUUUUAUCUCUCAAUGAAUUGUUCUUCCUAGAAUGAACUUUCAAUUUACCCAAGAAUUUUUGGGUUAAAAAAAGGGAAUACGGAUAGUUUAGAUUUUGCUUGGUUGCAUGAAUUUUUCUCUGUGAAACAUUUUUUUCUUCUCUGUUAACAUAGAAGAAAAAAGAGAAAAAGGAAAAUUAAGGAUAGCCUAAUACAAAGGUAAUGUUUAACAAAAAAACUUAAAUGCUAGGAAGAGUUUCAUUUUGCCAUGUUAUUGAUAACUUUAUUCUCUGUACUAGUACAUAUUAUUAAAGCACCAAAAAAAAAAAAAAAAAAAAGAAAAGAAAGAAAAUGACUUUCAGUUGACAGUAUCACCCAGCUAGCUUUAAAAUGGACAGUUUAACAUGGGUGGCACAAGAUAUGAUUCAAGGGUACUAGGAAAUCUGCAUAGGAUCCCUUAUGCUUCUUUUUAUUACACCUACAUCUGUUAUAUUAAUUUUGAACAUAAAUAACUUUUUCAAAUGGAAAAAAAGGCUUUAUUGUAUGAGCUUAUCCUAUUUAUUUUUCCAAUGCUUUUCUGUAAUGCAUUAUGUAAUAAGAAAAAUACUUCUUUUUAAACAGUAACGGAAAUGCACUAUAAAAUAUAGUUUGUGACUUAGCCAUGUCUAUUUCCAUAUUUAAGCACUGGGACGAGAAACUUCAGCUUUGUGACCACAGAGGGAAGCUAUUGUGCCUUGUUACUUGGUUCCAGUUACUGAUUGUGGUUCUAGAAUCUUCCACGGCAGACUUCUUAUAUUCAACUCUUUGGUUUAUUAUCUUAAUCUUCAGUUUGAGGCAUAUAUAUAUGUGUGUUUAUAUGCUCACACAUGGGCUGAGAAAUCAGCUAACAUCCCAAGUGACCUACAGGGUAUAUGUUGGCAAAAAGUAGGUUGUGUAUAUGUCUUAUAAGAUUGCAUUUGUGUUCAGUGUGUUUGGGAUUGUAUAGCAUGUACAUUAUUACAUAUAUUGUUUAAAGGUAAUUAAAUGUUCAUGUUUUACAU